AUGGGCUGCUCUCCAUCCAGGGACCACAGUCUGACAGGAGUGCAGGUUUCCCUCAGGAAAGGCCAAACACUGCUUCCAGGCUCCCAUAAGAGUAAUGCAGAUGCACAGUCAGAAGACGGGACAAGCGGAGGCUCCUCUGAUCCAGGGGGGACGGAUGGAAAAGGUCAAGAAAGAGAAGCUGGAGGAGGCGGAAGGGAGAGGUCAGUUGCCCAACUUUCCCAGAAACUAACUCUACAGACUCCCUCGCUGUCUGAAGUGACUCUUGAGAAUGCGAAACUUGACAAAUUAUAUGCACAAGACAUUGAGAUAUGUAUGUCAGCUCACAGCAAAGAAAUACUGGGAGAUGAUGAGGAGGAUAAGCAAGAAAAAAGGGGUGGGCGGAAAACCAGGAAGUCUAAAGGAAACAAAGCGAUGAAGAAGAGAGAUAAGGAAAAAAAAUCUGUUGAGCAAAAGUUUGACUUCCCAGAGCCCCUGGUGAAGGCUCACCAGGCUGCCUAUGCCUACCUAAAUCCCAAUAUUUCCAAGUAUGAUGUCCUGCUGACCCUCUUGGACCAAAUUACCCAGACCCAGCUUUCCCUGCAACCUAUGGCCACCUUCAUGGUGUUGCGAUAUGAAGAAGUGAAUCGUGCACUAAGUGACAUUGCAGAUGAGGGAGAAAAAAUGUUGAAGAACAAUGGUGAGCACCUGGCCUGGCCAUGUCCACUGAAGAACCUUUCAGCCAAUGUGAUUAAAAUAAAAGAGACUGGGUCCACCACUGACUCUCCUCCAGACCUACUACAGCAACUGCUUCAGUAUACUACGCAGAGGAUGCAGAUGGUAAGCCAUUCAGUAGGCAGCAUAGUAGACUCUGCCCUACAGGAAGCGGUGGACUACUUUGCCUCACUCUCUGAACUGCUUGAGGAGAAGUUGAAAGCCAAGCAGGCGACCGAGGCCCGGCUGACUCGGGUGCUGGCACGUAUUGAGUCAGCAGCAGUCCGUAGACCGAGUCCAGAUGACUCUGCAUUGUACAGUGAGGAUAGUGGGAUUGGGGCAGACAGUUGGUCACUUGCAGAGUCUGAGCACAGGCGCGAGAGCUUGGACUCCAUUGGGACAGUUAGGCCCAGGUGGGGCACCCGUGAUUCUGUUGGCACCCCUGCUAAGCGGGCGAGCUCCAGGCGUAAACUGAGAGGCAACAUUAGUCCAAGCCUUUCAUUAAAUUCGGUGGAUUCUACAUGCACCCUUAUUGCCACAGAGUCGCUCCUGGGCUCAGCUUCUCUAGAUGAAAGUGACGGAGAAGACAAAAAGAACAAGGAGGGAGAUAAGGAGGUAGAGGAACAGGAUAAAGAUGGCAAGGUGAAUGGCAGGGAGCAGGCAAACUCUUUGCCGCUAGACCCGUGUCGCACGCCCCGUCGCCUGCCAAUCAAGCGUAUUGAGAACCCUCAGAAUGUAGAAAUGACGCUCAAAAUGAAAGAUGCCAUUAGUGGCCGGAUCCGCUUUGUUCCUUCGCAUCGCCAUGGUCCAAAACCUGAAGAAAAGAACAGUAACGGGAAAGGUUCAUCCCACUGGUUGGAAGAAGAGGAACGGCAGUCAAAGCGACCUCAGUCAGCUGCUCCAGCUGCCUCCCCAAGGAGAAGAACAAGGCCAACUCAGACAAAGCAACAUCGCUCUCGCUCUGCUGAGUCCCUUCGGACCAAGGCUGAAGACCCCACCCUAUUAGAACUGGAGAGGACACAGAAGGAUUUAAGUCAGCGCCUUGAGAAAAUGACUGCAGGCAGGUCGGUGGAGGCUGACAAGGGGACAAUCCACAGACGAGGAGGAACACAGCAGCACCCAAACCCUCAGGGCUGUCAAGGCUCUUCCAAACCAAGAAACCUCAGCACUUCACCCAAGCAGGAAAGGGCACGGUUCAGGAGACACUCAUCCGGAGAAAAGGGGGCAAGCACUGAGAAGGAAGAGAGGAAGGAAAAAGAGAAUAAAGCAGAGACAGGACCUGUAAGGGUCCUGCCUCCAGAACGCACUCCUCCAUCUUUAUCAGAGCAGCCUUCACCAUCAAACAGGGGUAGGAAUUCUGUCAAAAAGCUGAUUGACACUUUCAGCCAAGGGGUUGAGGAGAAACGGAAUCAACGGUCUGCAAGAGUACUUGGACCUCUCAGAGGUGUCAGAAAAUGUGGUAUUCCAGUAAUACCUGGUUUAGAAAAUGGAGAGACUGUCCACGUUGUUAGCAACAGCAACAUCCAUGAAGGGUUGGGCCUUGGUGUUUCUGACAAAACCGAAGACCUAGAUUUGGAAAACUUGCCACCUCCCCCUCCUGAGGUAUUAAUGGACAAUUCAUUCGAGACUGCCCAGGAGCCUGCUUCUGUCAACAAUGGGGACCGGGCUGGUAGCAAAGGUCGAUCCCCACUACUCCAGAGGGCUACAAUAUCUCAGCGGCUGCGUGCCUCUGUGCAACCUGUAGCAGUACUGCCCAGCCGUGGUAGCUUGCGGUGUGGUCCUCCAGGUUCUUGUUCAGCUUGGCCAGUCCAGCAGGAUGACACAAUAGAGUCUAAGGGUAGUCAGCUGGGGGUGGAGCCCCAGAGUCAGGAGGCUGUUGUACUCUAUGAACAAUCAAGGAAGAUCAUCCACCUUCAGUGCUCCACAGAGUUACCCACAGAGAAAAACCCUGCUGACACCAGGAUCAAGAAGGCCUCUACUACCAGGUAUGGAGGCGGGGUGAAACAGACAGAAAGCAGCUUGUCUGAGUCAGUAUCUUCAACAUCCCCCGUGAACAUCCCCAGCCAGACUCCUGCUACUCCUCCCAUUUCGAGGGCACGCAUGCUACCCUCCACUCCUUCCAAUGCAUCUUCCCAAAACCGUCGACUCCCUAGUCCACCUGUCUUCAAGAGACAACCCACUCCUCCAACCUCAACUAGCCCCUCACCCAGUCGCAAGCUGCCCACACCACCAUCCGGACAAAGGACACAGCCAAGCCCCUCACAGCUGCCCAAGACUGGCAGUUCACCCAGCUCACAGUGGAAAGCACCUAGCCCUCCGCUGUCCAAACAAGACGUGACACCAAAUACCACCUCAUACCCUUUCAAGAAUCCUUCACCCCCAGCCUCUCCAAGGGUUCAGAAAUGGAGCCGAGAUAACACCAGUGAGGGAGCAGUCCCCUUGCCACCUUCUGUUCCGAGAGUGUCUGGCAAUGCUCAUUCUGUAUUCUGCCUUGCUUCUUCCUCUCUGUUUGAAGCCCAGCCUAGGACUAUGUCUCAACCCCCACAGGCAUGGACUCCAGCUGGGGGCUCUGUGCUCCCACGCCCCUGGGGGGGGGCAUGUCGGGGCAGGUUAUCAGCGUCUAUGCGGAGUCCCCAACCUUUUACCAGACGUAACUAUUUGGUUCGGCGACCGAGCCUCAAUUUGCCAACCAGGACGGCUGUUGUCUCAAUAGCAGAGAGCUGUGGAAGUGAGCCUGCCAUCAGUACACAAGGGCUGGAAGACGGACCAAUCGAUGAGGAGCCGCUCUGGGGCAACCAAUUGGAUUUUAGAACUGCCAAUCGCUCCGCCUCUCACCCGGACCUUUGCGUUGUCGGCCAGGCUUUACAACGCGAGUGA